GUUCCCGCCUUCCCCCCGCCCCGCCCCCGGAUGUGGCGGCGCGGCCGUUCCGGGCCGUUGUCACUGACGCUCCGCGGUCGCCGGGGCUGUAGGCACGGAGCCGCGGGGGGAGCCCGGCCGGAGUUAAGAGUGGAAAGCGGUUUGGUAGGGGCGUGUGCUGGAAGACGGAAGAGACCUCGCUGAGCAGAGGACGCUGACAGAGGAACCAGGUGGAGUUCGAUAGAAACUUUCCAAGUGUCUUGUGCCACAUGAUGGCUGAUCCUUAGGGAAAAUGACGAGGUGCUGCUACAGCCAGAUAAUCGAGCCACAUAUUUUGGUGAAGAGAUUCCUGCCCCGCUGAACAAGUUGGUACUGACUCUUCAUUACGGAAGAUCACUGAUGAACUAUUAACUGAAUAUUGUGCAUAGUCCCUAAAACUGAAAACAAGAAGAUUUAAGUUACAGAGAGAACAUAUUGACUGACGAUUCUGAAAAUGGAAUGGGGAGGAGAGUAUUCUCUUGAUUCUUCCAACGUAGACUGUUUGUUAAAUGUCUUUCCUGGAGAUUUGGAGUUUCAACAAAUCCUUAGUGAUCUUGAUGAAAAAAUAAAGAAGAACUCUUCUAGCAUUGAACAGUGUCUUAAAGACCUGCAAUCAGAAGUAAAUGAAAUAUGUACUGAUGAAAUACUACAAAGCACAACUGACUGCCUUCAGUGGCUAAACAACUGCAAUUUUAGUUCUCUCAGACCUUCUUCUACACACCAUGGAGAGCUGAUGGAGUUCCUUCGGACCCUGCAAAGCUUGCUGAAGAAUGAGCAAAAUCAAGAAGAAAUGAUACUUCACUUCCUUCUGGAUCUCUCUAGUCAGUGUGGUGUCUCAUUUCCCUGUACUCCAAGUGGGAUGUCUUUUGAGUUUACAUCUUCCCUUCAUGCCAUUGAGGAUGAUUCAACGAUGGAUGUGAAAUCUCUUUGGGAUGAUGUGAGAUUGCAUCUUCGACGUUUUUUAGUAAAUAGACUGCAAAGUCAAGAAGAAGCAAAUACUAAUGCUUUACAACAACAAAUGGAAUUUAAAACUCAGUGCAUACAGCAACUUUUGUUUCUUUAUCCUGAAUCAGAAGUCUUAACGAAGUAUCAAAAUAUGCAGAAUAAACUGGUUAGUGAUCUUCUACAGAACUGUAUUUUGUCUAGUUGUGGUGAAACAAAUUUUGAUAAGGUGGUUCAUGGUUACCAAAGUUCCAUACCCACAUUGUGCACAAUGAUAAAAGAGGAUUUGUAUAUACUAAGUGGAACUAUCGACCCUUCUUCCUCAUUGAAGUUUAUUAAUGAAACUUAUUUGGAUACCAUCACUGAAGAAAUGACAGUGAUUCUUGAAAGACUUUGCGAGCUGCAGUUCAAAGAAAAUGCUCUACAUAUAGUUAAGGCAAACAAGAUUUCAAAGAAGCAUAGAGGAACAGUUCAUGCUGUGGCCUCCCAAGAAUACCACAAAAAAGGAAGGAACUUCUGCUUAACUUUAUAUCAACUCAAAUGUCUUUCUCAACUUAUCAAACUCUUUUUAUUAAUGGAAGAAAAAAUUGAAGAACUCUCUGCAGAAAUUCUGUUGGUGCCUUCAUUUACAGAGAAGAAUAAGAAUCUUCAAGGAGUUCUGAAGAAAGCUAGUGGGGAGCUUUUAAUAGGAGAAACUAGAGCAAAUGAAACCAGUGUGCUUCCUGAACAGUUACUUCAGGUAGAAGAGCCUGUUUUACUGAAUUUUGGCUGGAGAAAUGCAUUUAAAGACCUGUCGUCUUCUGUGGCUCACUGUAUAACAAUAGCAAUUGAGGAUUUUUCAACUAAAAUACUUCAACAUGAGCAGAAAGAAGAGUUUUCAGCUGCAGGCUAUGCAAUGAGUCUUGUAAACAACCAGCAAAUGAGGGAGUCCUGCGGAGCAGUCCAACAGGAGGAGCAACCAAAACGAAUUGCUAAGUUUUGUUCUGACAUCAUGGAAGAACUUGACACAUUGCUUCCAUUGGCUCUGGCAUGCAGAGAUGAUUCUCUUCAGGAAAUUAGAGCAAACUUUGUAGAGGCCUGCAGCAAAGUGGCAACAGCUGUCCUGGCAAGACUAGAGGAGAAAAGCAAAGACGUUCCCUCCAAGGCUCCCCUGCAAGACUUGUAUGCUGCGCUUUCCACAGCGAUAUAUGUCUUUCAGCAUUUUACAAUGUAUAGCAAUUUAAUGAGAGAAACGAGCAAAAAACCCCUGUUCCUAGUGCCUGUCCAGCAAUAUCAGGAAUUCAUCAACGUUCUCCAGUUUCAAGUUACGAACUACUGCGUCAGAGUUUGUGCUACAAGCAUUUUACAGGAUGCUGAGAGCCACCACUGGGAUGACUACAAAGCUUUUUAUGAGGGGGAAAGAUGCUCGUUCUCUGUCCAGAUGUGGCAUUACUUCUGCUGUGCUCUUCACCAUGAUCUAUGGACUAUUCUACCUCCCAAGAUAGCCCAGGAGAUUCUUACAGAUGUACUGGAGCAAUCUUUGUCUAUGCUGACCUCCCGAUAUUGUCAGGUCUGCCCCAGUUACAAGAGAACACCACAGAUCAGAAUUGAUAUUGCAGCAAUUUUGAUGUCCACUGAAGAUAUGCUCUGGUCAGUUUGUAGCUCUGUACGGGAGUUUCUGAAACCACAUGAAGACAGAGAUCUCAAGAUCUAUAAAAUACAUAGCCACUGCAAUAGUCUUCUCUCUGUGCUAGCUAUUUUAACUUCACCACUGAAGAAUUUGUAUGAGACAUUUGUGAACAAUUCUGAUGAACAUCUUCAUCGAGAUUUUUCCAAAGUCUUUUACCAUCCAUUACACUGGUUAUCUUGCAUACCAUCAUCCUGUUCUUCCUUACUGAAGAUUCCAUCAGCCAGAGAAAUGGCAGCCCAGGGUCAGCUGAAACUGCUCUUAUCCCAGCCGAACUGUAAUUUGAACUUGCUUUUGGAAACUUUGCUACAUCAUGAUUGUCUCUUAGUGAAAAUUUUACUGAGAAGUUCAAGAAAUGAAGUAUUGAAUCAUGAUGAACAAGAUUCUCUCUUAGAACAGAUAAAUAACAAACAGUCUACUCUGAUUGAAACAAUCUUCACAGUGUUGUCUUACUGCACUUUAUCACCCAAAUCUCUUGGCAUUGCUUUUGAGACCUACAUGGAAAAAGAGCAGUUGUGGAAUUGCUUAUACAAUAUGACAGUUUCCAGUUGUGGUGAGUCGGAGCCAGAGGUUAUCAGAUGCUUGAAGUUGACUUUGAUUAAUUCAGUCAAGGGUAUAGUGAAGCAGAUAAUUUCUUUGAUGCAUUCAUGGGAGGCAACGGAAAACUAUGGAACAUACCAACACAAGCAAAUAGUUCCUGAAAGUUUACUGAAAACAGUUCCAAAGGAAUGGAAUUACACUCCUCGGGAAAUGAAGAGAAAAGAAUCUGGGAAAUGCUUCACAAGGCUUGCAGCUCAGGCAGUAUCUAUUGUAAUCAGCAAGUUACCUACAGUGAUUGCAUGUUUGCCUCCCCCAAUUAAGUACUUCUUUUUUCUGGCUGAGAGAAAAAUGUCAAGAAACUUUGCUGAAUUGAAGAAAGCUGGUCUGCUUGUCUGGAACUUGAUUGUAAUUAUAUGUCGGAUAUUUGAGGAUGGAAAUACUGCAGAACUUUUAACAGGUGCAACACUUGACAGAUGGAGCAAAGAAAAACUCAGUUUAGUUCGUGUGUGCUUAGAAAGUAUUAUGGGAAAACAGAAAAGUGGUCCUAAGCAAGUGACCCAGAAGGUUAUACAAAGCGUUGAACAGCAAAGACCAAACUGGAUUGAAAGCCAGUUGCUGAAAGCAAGAAAAUUGAGCACAGACUGUGCCUCAGUUGCAGUAGAUGGUGCGACGUUAGAGGAAGGAGGUAUUGCACUUGGAUUCACUGAGCAGAAAAUAAACAUGAUGGUCCUGGAUAUCUGCCACAAACCAGGUGGCAGCGAGUACCUGAGGCAAAUUUAUCACAUCAUCCGGCUCAAUGAGGAAUAUUUGAAAGAGCAGCUGUCUUGUGAGAAUUCUUCUGAAGCUGAUGUUACCUCCAGUCAAUGCCUGCCUUUGACACUGAAGGGCAGAGAAGAGCCGCCUGUCUUCAACCCUUUCCAAGUGUUCAGACAGUCUUGUGCAAAAGUGUUCAAUCAGUCAACCAUUACUGAGUGGAACUGGGAUUGGUCAAACUUGCUGCCAAGUUAUUUGGGACUGAAUCAGAUGACCUUCAGGGUGCUGCUGGCAAACAGGUGGGAGAUGAAAGAAGGUGCAGAUCUUGAAGAUGAGGAGAAAGUUAUGGUGCAACACUUAAAAAAUGUUUAUUUGACACAGAGCACUCCUACCUCAGAGGAUAAAGAAGAAUAAUUACCUUGACAGGCUUCGGGUAGCACCUUUUUCUGAAUUCAACAUGAUUAACUUAAUGGCUUAGUUAUAACUGACAGGACUAGAAAGCUCAGGAAUAUAUAUCUUGAGUAGGAGUUUUGAACUAAAGAAUGUUCCCCUGUUAUUGUCUAGUCACCCCAUCCAGGCAGCAAUUGUUCACACAUGCAUAAGGCAAGCAACAAUCUAUGAAAAUGUCAAUGUCACAAAACAAGGAGGGUGUAUCUCAAUACUGCGGAGGCAUAAACCUGAAUGACAAACCAAGAACUAUUUUAAAAGUAUAAAAAAACUCUAAGAAUAAUGCAGCUUUGUACACGUGCUAAGCGUACACCCUUGCUAUGCUGCCUUGGACCGUUUUGGAGACAGAGUCAGCCUGCCCCUGGUUAGCAUUGCUCUAGGACCUUUUCUCUCCCUUGGUGCUUGUGUUCUAGUUAGUCCUGGCAUUAAAUCACCCAAAAUGUAUGAAAAAGGACAGGUAUAGGUAACAGGUCUGCAGCCCUUUGUGAGCUGCUCCAGGAUGAGUACGAGUAUGCUUGGUCGUUGUUCCCAAGCAAAACUGCAUCAGCUUUAUUGCCCUCACAAAUCCUAACACAACAUCCAGUGUGUGUUACAGCUUAAAAGCUGCAUUAUAGAGAAACUUGUUAGUGGCUUUUAAAGUUUCGAGAAGCAUCUUAUUAUUUAAAAGAAUUAUUGACAGGCACUGCUGGAAGGACUAUCUUAACAGUGAACUGAGAAGAAAAAAUUAUAAAGAAUGCAAUAUUUAUUUCUGAUAAAUAUAGCAAAAUUUCAUUUUCAAAGUAAGCCCUGUCUGAUAUUCAGAUUUUCCAAAUAUUAAAUGUUUUUCUUUCCAGUAAAGGUCCUUCCUCAAAGACUAAAAAUAGCUGAGUCAGACAGGUGGCUACUGUGACAAUAUUUUGUUGUACAGAAGAUGUGGUUAGCAUUUCCUUAGCUCUACAGAAAUAAUCCAUCAUUUUUCUAUUCGUUUCUCACAUUGGAAGUCCAAGGGAACUAUUUCCGCUGCCUGAUGAAGGACCCUGGCAAGAUCUUGCUCAGGCUGCAACCUGAGGUGCAGUUGUUCCUGCUCCCAGCACAUCUUCCCGGAGAUGUGAUUCUGGACAUAACUCAGAACACUCGACUAAGAGGAGGGCACACUUUUUUUCCUAAAGAUUUCAGCAGCAGCAUGGCUAACCAAAACACUAACGCUGCCACAGGGUCUAAUCUGAAAUGCAGUUUUUCCUCCUCUUAAUUGCUCUUUUUUUUGUCCUGUCUAUAAAAUAUCAGACCAUUUAAAAUUAAAACAGGGACCACUGCAUCUUACAAAUCUCCAAAGAUCUUGUUACAAUACCAUCAGCAAAAGGGCUGUGAGGCACCGGUGCUUCAAAACCGCUAAGAGUACUAUUUAAAGAAAAAACAGACCUUCCCCGCUGCCACUGACACAGCCAUCUCAGAUCAUAAAGAAGUGAUGAAGUGUGAAAACAAUUAUUCUCUGCUUGGUAUUUCACCUUUGAAGAUUAGUUGUGGUCUUAAGGCUUAAAACACGGCCACAGGGAUUGCCUGUGAUGGCAGGGAUGGUAUUCUGGCAGGUGAGGCACACGUGCUCCAAGCCAAACCAAUAAUGUGUUAGUGCACGCGAAAGCUGCGGUUUAGAAUAUUCUUUCCUAUUUUAUCAAAAUCUAUUGUACAUAAUUAACUUUUUGUAUAGUCACAUAAGUGAAUUUCUGUGUAUGUGGUGAAACUGACUGAAAUAUUUUUUUGUGAAAAAGCUCCCCUUCUGGGAAACACUUAUUCUGAAUAGGAUAACCUUUGCAAGUGAAAUUAACUAACUCAGAAUAAAAACCCUCACUUACUCUGAAAUGGGAAUGUCCAUAUGGGGAGUUAUUCCAAACUGGUUAUUAUCCUUUAAUUUUGUAACACACCUGGUUCUGGAAUAACCUGUAAACAGUCACAUUAAAUAGAAAAUAAUUCUUUAUGCCCCAUCUUCCCUUCUCUCCCUGCUAAAAUAAUUCAGCAGUAACCCACUGGGCAGCACUAGGACAAUUUUGUCGUUCUUCGCAAAAGUGUAUUUAUAAUCUUUAUUAAUGUGGAGCUGACAAGACAGAAUAACUAGCCUGAAUAAAAGCUGAACUUUUGCAUAGUAUUUUAUUUGGAUGUUUUUCUUAUCCAAAGCUCUCUCUAUAUAUGCGUCUUUUAGAGUAUCUGAAUGCAAGCCAAUGUGUGUUUGAAAUUGAACUUGUCCCUCAAUCCUUGCUGAGAAACAGCAGGGCUCUGCCUGUUGGCAAUGUAGUGCUCCUAUUAACUGACCUUCAGGGUGUGAAAGAAACAUCAUCUUGGCAACAUCACUUAUGCAGAAUAGAUACUUUUGCAACGUUCACAUUUCUUCAAUAAAAUUACAGUAAUAAGAUUGCUAAGAUUGCUAAAUAACAUACCAUUAAUUUAUCAAGACUGCUUACUUUAAACUUAAACCCUUAAUUGAAGAAAAAUGAAAGACACUUGAAAGAGAUGAUCAUUUUUACAUUGCAAGGUGUGUAAAAUUAGGAGUACUUGUAUAACAGAUUGCUGCUUUCUUUGUCUUUUCUUAAUGAAACAAUAGUCCUGUAUUUUUAAAGAAGUUCUGCUGAUUCUAAAAGUGACUUAAGAUUAAUUUCAUUUUGGAGAGUGAUAGGUUCAUAAAGCUGCAAUGUUUCGCUUUCACAUUUUAUGUCCUGGCUCUUUGAUACUACUUGUUGAUCGAAGAACAUCUCACAUAUAAAUAAAGGCAACAGGAGCCAGAUUUGCUGGCUGCAGUGUGGGCCCUGUGUUGCAUGAGUGCUGCUAUCUGUCCAUGCCAACUGCUCCUGGAAAGGCAGUCAAAAACAAGAAUUAAAGUCGGCCGUGUACAACAGACCUUUCUGGAUGGGCAGAAGCUGUCCUCACUGGCUCAGCAAAGGUAGUCUAAAACGAAAUCAUUAUAUUAAUGGAAAUGAAUCGGAUCAGAUAGCACAAGCUAGCUAAUUAUGCAUUAUUGUUAAUGCUUACACCUAAUUCUCAUUUAACGUUUUAGUAUGCUUAGCCCUUUUUAUAAAACAGGAUUAAACAGGAGACUUCAUGGCGUGGAAUAUCUCUGAUUACAUUUGUUCAGUAUCCAGUUCAGGGUGCUCCAAAUCUUAAUGUCUUGCCCCUUUUGAAAGGCAGAUAAUAAAAUUAGAAGCAUGGCAAAACUGAGAUAGCAUAAAUAGUAAUGAAAUUUGAGAAAGACAGGAGAAAGAGGGAGAGUUUUGGGAAAAGACAGGCGUUAAGACAUAGCCCUGCCUUUGGCAACUGCUGUCCUGACAAACAGUCUCCCACAGAUCAUGCUUUAUUCCAGGAGAGGGCUUUUGUAGAGACCACAGGCAACAAAGCUAUUUGUUCUGGAAAUACGCACGACGGCAAAUGGAUGUUCUCUAAUUCAUCUCUACAUCCUCACAGCAGUGCAAGGUAGGCAUGAGGCUGGCUUCUUCCAAUUAGCUUCCUCUGACAGAAACAUUCCAUUUCCCUCUCAGCUGGGAAGUCUUCGCAAAAUACUACUGAAUCUUAUCUACAGUAAGAUACCAAUUAUAUGCUGAUAUAAAACUAUUUUAUGGAACUUCUUAAAAAUAUGUGCAAUCAUUUUUAGUGACAGACACUAUUCAGACUUCCAAGGCAAUAGUCAAAAGACUGAGGAAUUAGACCCAUUGCCGAAUUAGGCAUGAAAUGAGACAGUAACUUGACGACAACAGUGAGAUUUCUAAGCAAGCAUAUAGAUCUUGAGGAGGUCCCGGCUGAUGCAAAGACACUUCUCUGCAGUAACUGUCCAUGUUGUAAACAGUGGUAUGAGUGGAAGCAGAAGCUCUAAAAUAAAAUAUUUUAUGUGUAAUGCCCAGGAAAUGGGUAAGGGUGAGCCUGCUUUUUCCUCCACCUUUGGAGUCCGACACUUAGGAAGCAGACUAAACCGACUGGCAUUGCCAGGUGGGCAGUACAGGAAAAGCAUGCAAGGUCUUGAGCAGGUUGGGUAUCACUGAGGACCUUGUAAUAUUCAUCAGUAAAAUGAUGAAGGAACCAGACUAUUCCUCUCUAGCAACAGCAUUCGAGAAUACGCUGUUAGCAGCAAUUGAAACAAUGAUAUAGAGCUGACAAAAGACACUCUAAAAAGCAAGGAAUCAUGCAAACAAGCAAAAAUAAAUCCAAACUCUUUUUUCUUUUUCCUGAAAAAGUGAUUCUAUAACAAGUGUCUCGGGAAGAACUGGCAAUUACCAAGUACUAAUAACAUAAAGUGAUGAUCUGAGUGAAAUUUUUACAUAUAAAUUUAGUAGACAACUACCCUAAGCUGACAACGAGCCACUCAAGUGAUGGCUAGUGCAGAUUUGAUGACCAGCAGAUCAAGCCCUUUAGAUCCAUGACAACUUCAGCUGCUAGUAAGUUGCAGCAGUCUCUGAGGAGAUACUUUAUAAUAUUUCCUACUGAAGUGUUUUAAUGUUAAAAUAGCUCAUUACCCAGUUUCUGCAGUAAAUCAAUCAAGGCUCCACAGAUACCAGUCUCAGUGUCUACACAGCCCUGAGUCACAUCCAUUCUCUGUCUAGAAAUGAAGAACCUCAUAAUGGUGAUCAUAUUUAGAAGGUAUGGUCUUCUCCAGUGACCGGCUCAAAGACCAUGCCAUGUCUGCUGUGAUAAACUCAGGGUUCAAACUUUGUUCAUGGUUUGCCGCAACAGCAGAUAAAUUUUUCUUAUCAGGACAGCUUUUUAGAAAAAUAAUCUCUUUCCAGUCCUCCCAAUAAAUGUAUAUAUAUUAAUUAAAAUUACUUUUGUAAAACAAGGACUCAUGCAUUAGAAAACACCUGAUGAAUGAUUACCACUGCCUCUAUGUGUGUUCCUUAAGAAAACUGUUAAUGACAUGGUCAUAUGUAUUUUGUCCCCAGAUGAAUUCACUAGAAGACAGAAAGAUGGUUACACAAGCAGCUUUGGUAAAAUUGUAAUUACCUAGAAUCCAAUUAUUUUAUUUUGUUGUCCCAUCAUCAGUGUUUUCUAUGGAAAAAGUCUAAUAACUUCUGGAUAUUUCAUCUCCAUAAAGAAAUAGUAUCACAUAGUUCUUCAUGUGUCAUCUUGACUCUGUUUUGUUUUCCACCUCUAUAUUGUCUUUCAGGCAUCCUUGAAAAACUUAUUGCUUAAUGUUUGUUAUAAUUUAGAAUGUGCGUACCGCUGGCACUCAGUUAUACACGGGUAAAUAAUUCAUUUUCUAGACUAACUGUCAUACAGACUUAAAGCAGUGCAGGUCCUAUAUGGGUAAUGAUUUCAGGUUUAGGGUUGUCUGAAGACUUCUGCUCCUAAUGUUUCAGGAGUUUUGUAAUAUCUACCUUUUUCCAUUGUUCUAAGCUACUUGUGUUACCUGGGAUAGUGGGAGCUAUUUGUAUGCAUUGUUGUGAAUUAUUUAUGACUUGACUUUAAUGUAUUUUUCCCCACGUUUUAUUUUCUUUAAGUUCUCUGAACUUUUAAUUCACACUUGGAAAUCCAUAGCACAUCUGUUUUCACAACCUACAAACACGUAAACACGUAUCAAUAAAGCCUAUGCCUUCUCAAACCUGAUACAGAGUCUCGGAGAACCAAGAAUUUAAUAAAUAUAAAAUUAAACCCAACAACUUCAACGUUAUCGU